GGGUUACCUUCAGAUGCGAUCCUGUGACACUUAGUUUGUAGCCAAAACGGUUUUGACGCUAGACAGAAGUUGGCACAUCAGCGUUUCCGACAUCAGACAAGUCCCGUGGGGCUUAUAGGGGUCGUAGAGCAAAACGGAGAACACCAGCGUGUUCGUGAAAGUCUCAUCUUUCUAUAUUAGUCUGUAGGCCAAACUGUUCAGACGCUACAGACGUUGAUGUGAGUGGACCAAUUUUUUUCUCAUGGUUUGACAAACACCGCCGUAGCUCGGCCACUUUCCACCGCAGAUGCGGAAAGCCGACAUAGGAGGAUGUGGCGUACUGAGACACAGCCCAUGCAUAUAUCUCUAGCUUAAACUGCCGGAUUUUGAUAGGGUGUGUCAAUAGACUCUUAUGGAUUUUAAGGGAUCAAUAUCUUUCAGUUACAUGAUGACGUGUAUCUGUGAAUCUCCUUUCAUUUUGGAAAAUGAAUGGUUGCAUGGUUGCUCAAAAGCUCCCUCAUAUCUCCUCUCUCCAAAUAUACAAACAUCCCCCUGGGCACACAAUGGUUGAAUCUACAUAGUUUCCACAUCAUUUCACUCAAAUUACGUUCGUUGAACCAACGUGGAAUAGAUGUUGAAUUGACGUCCGUGCUCAGUGGGAUAGUUUUGAGAGUCUAGACUGUAACUCAAAUAGGUUGUUUAAUUAGACUGCCAACAGCUUUCUUUAAAAUCAAGGUUUCUUGGAUCUGUACCCGGGCUUAAAGGCAAUGUUCUGUAACAUGUUUAUUUAAUGUAUUGGUUUAUUUCAUGAAAGAAAUGGGUUCAGGAUCAAAACCAAGAAAACAGAGACUGAAUAUAGGCCUUAACUUACUUAUGGCUAUGACAAAUCAGAAUUCUGGUGGUAUUAGCAACCUGAUUACAGGAAACAAUAGUUGCAAUAAAAAAUGUCAUCAUGAAAACAGGGAACAACAGUAGCUUCGAACGUCCAGCCAUGACUAAUGAGAAUUCAGGUGGCAUUCUUGACAGUUUAUCUCUCUACCCUGAAACCAAUGGGAAGACAGGCCUAACCACCCAGCAAAACGGCAUUCACUACAGAGGCAUUUUUUGAAUGGACCAAUUACUAUCUCUUCUUCACAGGUCUUGAGACGCAUCUCAUCGAAACCCAUUGUCAUUCACACAUACCGACAGGGGAGGUGAAAGAAUCUGGUCCGGCUUGAAAAUUACCAUGUCAACUGGUUUCAGGUCAGGGGGAAGGAUGUUGACUCCACCCUUUCAGGAGCAGAGAGGUCCAUAUAACUUCAGGGGACGUGACUAAGUCAUUAGUUAACAACGAUUACAACCAAGCUGAGCUGACCUGCAUUGACUCUCCUCUACAACCUCUGCCUGAGCUUCAUUGAUUUUACAACAAAAAACAAGAAUUCUUCAAAAUGGUGUCAAUGGGUAGACAGAUGCUGGGCUUCGUCCUGGCUAUCAUCGGGUUCCUGGGGACCAUUAUUGUGUGUGCCCUGCCUAUGUGGAAAGUCACAGCCUUCAUCGGAGCCAACAUCGUGACUGCUCAGGUCAUCUGGGAGGGCUUGUGGAUGAACUGUGUGACCCAGAGCACGGGACAGAUGCAGUGCAAGAUCUAUGACUCCCUCCUGGCCUUACCCCAGGACCUGCAGGCUGCCAGAGCUCUGAGCGUCAUCGCCAUCAUCGCAUCAUGCUUCGGCAUCCUCUUGGGAAUUUCUGGAGGAAAGUGCACCAACUUUGUGGAGGAUGAGGCUUCCAAAGCUAAAGUAGCCAUUGCCAGUGGGAUCAUCUUCAUCGUGGCUGGCGUCCUCAUCCUCGUCCCUGUCUGCUGGUCCGCCAACACCAUCAUCAGGGAUUUUUACAACCCUCUGCUGGUCGAGGCCCAGAGGAGGGAGCUGGGGGCCUCACUGUACAUCGGCUGGGGCACCGCAGGGCUCCUGAUCCUGGGAGGGGGGCUCCUCUGCAGCUCCUGCCCACCCAAGGAGGAGCGUGACGACUACCCAGUGAAGUAUUCACAGGCAAGAUCCACAGCUACCAGCAGAGCUUACCUCAGUUGCACUUGCAACACCAGGGUUGUGGGUUCAAUUCCCACGGGGGACAAUUCUGCACAAGCUGUAGAACCCCCCAUGGCUGUGGAGGAGCUGGGCAUCACCCUGUCCAUGGUGGGCCUGGCAGGUACCAUCCUGAUCUGUGCCCUGCCCAUGUGGAAGGUCACAGCGUUCAUCGGCACCCACCUGGUGGUCAUGCAGGUGUUCUGGGAGGGCCUGUGGAUGACCUGUGUGUCUGAAACCACGGGACAGAUGCAGUGUAAAAUCUAUGAUGCUCUUCUAGACCUGUCCCCUGACCUCCAGGCGGCCAGGGGCCUCAUCGUCAUCAGCAUGGUACUGGGCUGCCUGGCAUUCCUCGUCUUCCUUCUGGGAGCUAGGUGUACCAACUGCCUGAGCCAUCCCAAGUUCAAAGCCAGCAUGGUGCAGGCCGCAGGGGUCACCUUCGCCCUGGCUGGGUUAAGCAUCAUAGUGGCUGUGUCCUGGACAGCCCAGUCAAUCAUUAGGGACUUCUAUAACCCGCGGGUCCCUGAGGUGCUCAAGAAAGAGAUGGGGGCGGCCAUCUAUGUGGGCUGGGUGACCUCUGGGUUCCUGUUCUGUGGAGGAGGGGUGCUGUGUACCAGCUGUCCUCCAGGGGGGAGAGAGGGCAGGCAUGGUUCCAGCAGUAGGUACACCCUGGCUAGGAUGCCCACUCACACUCACAGCAGCUACGCCAUAAAGAACUAUGUGUGAGAGGG